ACUUUUCCCACUUUGCUCCAACUGAAAGACUGUGUCCCAAUCUACGAACUUGUAUAUUCUAACCACCGUGGACUUGCUGUUGCAGCCGGAGAAUUCCUCAAUACCAAGGUUUUUCAACAUUCGCAGCGUAGUAGAGCAUCUAGUGUCACGAGCUCUGGUCGAGGUGGAAUGGGUGAUAAUGCCAAGCUUAUUCAGGAUCUCAUUCAAUUUUACAUAGAGGGAGAGUGUCACGAGCAUGCUACUUAUCUGGUCGAUGCGUUGAUCGAUACGAAUCCAAUGAUAAAAGAUUGGCAAACAAUGGUGGAUCUUUUGUUGAGCGAUGAAGUGGAAUCAAGCGAGUCGCAGUUGAUCGAAGUUUUGGUGUGCUCUGUUCGUCAAGCUGCUACGGGUGAUCUACCAGUUGGUAGGUCAGUCGUCAAACGAGGAGCGCCUUCUACCAAGGAAAGCCGUACUCUUGUGGAAGAUCGUACUCGGCUGUCAGAAGUUCUCAUUCCUGCACUCCCAAAAUUAUUACAGAAGUUCAUCGCAGAUCGCGACAAAGUUGCAAACUUGAUCACACUGCCGCUCAAUUUUCAAUUAGAUAUGUAUAUGGCCGGUCGAUUGGAG